AUGGAGCCUCUUACAGCUCACCCUUUAAGAUGUUCAGGGCCCAAAGCAAAGGUAUUUGCAGUUUUGCUGUCUAUGGUUCUCUGCACAGUAAUGUUAUUUCUUUUACAAUUAAAAUUCCUGAAACCUAAAAUCAACAGCUUUUAUGCCUUUGAAGUGAAAGAUGCAAAAGGAAGACCGGUUUCUCUGGAAAAGUUCAAAGGCAGAGUUUCACUAGUUGUAAACGUGGCUAGUGACUGCCAACUCACAGACAGAAAUUACUUAGCACUCCAGGAACUGCACAAAGAGUUUGGACCGUUCCACUUCAGCGUCUUGGCUUUUCCAUGCAAUCAGUUUGGAGACUCGGAGCCCCGCCCAAGCAAGGAAGUAGAAUCUUUUGCAAGAAAUAACUUCGGAGUAACAUUCCCCAUCUUCCACAAGAUUAAGAUUCUAGGAUCUGAAGCAGAACCUGCCUUUAGAUUUCUUGUUGAUUCUUCAAAAAAGGAGCCAAGAUGGAAUUUUUGGAAGUAUUUGGUCAACCCUGAGGGUCAAGUUGUGAAGUCCUGGAGGCCAGAGGAGUCCAUUGAAGUCAUCAGGCCUGAGAUAGCAGCUCUGGUUAGACAAAUGAUCAUAAAAAAGAAAGAGGAUCUAUGAGAAUGUCCUUGAGUCAUUCUAAUGUGGCUCUAUUUUUAUAAUCCUCUAUUUUUCAGAAUAGAGAAAUGUCUCCAUGAAGGUAUGGCCCCAUUUUAAACAUUCUGACAAUUAAAGGAUGAUUUUGUUGUUGUUGUUGUUAUCUUUCUACUAGUGUAAUGAUGACCCCAGGAUAGAGAUGGGGUUAGCAGAGAUAAAAGAUAGUCACAAAAACAAAAUGAAAUACAUGGGGUCCUCCCUGGUGACACAGCAGGUUAAAGUACAGCACUGUGAAGC